UUUUAGUAUCAGAUAUGAUGGAUGUUGAAAAUGGCACUGGAGAACCUUCCAGUGGUUCUGAUUUUAAUGUUAUGGAGAAUCUUGUUAAAAUUAUUACUGAAAAGUCUUUUGAUGGUGUAACCCUUCGAGACUGUUCAAUAGCACAGCUGACAACAGCACUUAGAAUUUUGGCUUUUAUUUCAGAAAACUCAACUGUUGCUGCUGCCCUCUAUGAUGAAGGUGCUCUAAUGGUGAUCUAUGCAAUUCUAGUUAACUGCAGGUUCAUGCUUGAGAGAUCUUCAAACAGUUAUGAUUAUCUUGUUGAUGAUGUUACAGAAUGCAAUUCUUCAUCUGAUUUACUAUUGGAACGUAAUCGUGAACAGAGUUUAGUUGAUCUUUUGGUUCCGUCUUUGGUAUUACUAAUUACCAUUCUGCAGAAAUUACAGCAAGGUAAUGAGCAGCAUAAAAAUACCAAACUAAUGAAUGCCCUUCUGCGUUUGCAUCGAGAAGUGAGCCCCAAGCUGGCUGCAUGUGCAGCAGACUUAUCCUCAUCUUAUCCUAAUUCAGCCCUUGGGUUUGGAGGAGUCUGUCAUCUUGUUGUGUCAGCACUUGCUUUUUGGCCAAUUUAUGGCUGGACUCCCGGCCUUUUUCACUCCCUUCUUGCCAGUGUUCAAACUACUUCAAUUCUGGCUUUGGGACCAAAGGAGACCUGUAGUUUGCUUUGUCUUCUGAAUGAUUUGUUUCCUGAAGAAGGUGUCUGGCAUUGGAGGAAUGGAAUGCCCUUGUUGAGUGCUCUUAAAACAAUAGCUAUUGGGUCGUUGUUGGGGCCUCAGAAAGAGAGACAGGUUGAUUGGUAUCUAGAGCCUGGACACCUUGAGAAGCUGCUUAGCCAAUUGAGACCUCAUCUUGACAAAAUUGCACAGAUAAUCCAUCAUUAUGCUAUUUCUGCAUUGAUAGUCAUACAAGACAUGCUUCGAGUUCUUAUAAUACGCAUUGCUUGCCUAAAACCUGAAAAUGCUUCUGUACUUCUACGGCCUAUAUUAUCAUGGAUUCGUAUUCGUGUUUUUGACUCAUCUUAUCCAUCAGAGAUGGAUGUAUACAAGGUUCACCGAUUUCUGGAUUUUCUUGCUUGCUUGUUGGAGCAUCCAUGUGCUAAGGCACUAUUGUUGAAGGAGGGUGUUCCUGAAAUUCUAAGAGAAGCGCUGGAGAAGUGUCUUGAUGCCUGUGAUGCAGAUGGAAAACUGAUUUUAGAUGACGUAAAUUCUGCCAAGUGUGGUUUUACUUUGACCGGUUGGUGCCUUCCUGUAUUCAAGUCUAUCUCACUACUUUGUAGUUCUCGAACACCUCUACAAUACUCUGGGAGACAUGAUUUGUACAAGUUUGAAGAUUUGAGUUCUGAAGAUUGUUUGUUAAUUGCUCCAUACAUCCUUAAGUUUUGUCAGGUACUACCAGUUGGAAAAGAAUUAGUCUUUUGUCUUACUGCUUUCAAGGAAUUAGUUUCUUGCAAUGGAGGUCAAAAGGCUUUGGUUUCUACUGUAUGUAAUACUCGCUCAACUCUUGAAGAACUUGAUUCAGGGGGAAGACAUGAAAGGAAUGGGAACCUUAGUCUUCUUAAUGAGUUUGAAUGGAGAAAGAAUCCUCCUUUAUUUUGUUGCUGGACAAAGUUGUUAGAAUCAAUUGAUUCAAAAGAUGGCUUGUCAACUUAUGCAAUCGAGGCUGUCAGUGCUCUGUCUUUAGGUUCUUUGCGCUUUUGCGUGGAUGGAAAAAGUUUGAACCUGGAUGCGGUUGUCGCAUUGAAAUAUCUUUUUGGGCUUGCUGAUGAUGAUAAGAGUGGGACUGAGGGCUUUUCAGAGGAGAACAUAAAUUACAUACAGAAAUUGGCUACUGUUUUGAAUUCAAAUAUCAAUGAUGAAUAUGACUUUUCAGCGAACCCUGAUAUACAGACCACUUUGUCUCAGGUUUCAGAGUGUGUGAAGGCAUUGUUGUUAUUGUUGCAAAAUCCUACUGGUUCGGUUAAGGCUGAUGAUAUCAUCUUCAAUGAAGGAAUGCUUUCGUCACCCAAUGAUGGUCUAUUUCCUUCAAAUAUACAUCAGAUGGCAGAUGAUGGCAUUGAGAACCCUGAUGACAAUCUUUACUUGGUAGGACUUGAAGACAAGUUUUCGUGGGAGUGUCCAGAAACAUUACCUGAGAGAUUGUCACAAACAACUCUUCCUGCAAAAAGGAAAAUGCCUCCAGUGGAAGGCUUGAGUAGGCGUUCUAGGGGAGAAAACUCACUGGCUGAAACAACCCAGAAUACAUUUUCACGUGGAUUGGGUCCGUCUACAACAUCUUCUGGUCCUACUCGGAGGGAUACCUUUCGGCAGCGCAAACCAAACACAAGCAGGGCCCCGUCUUUGCAUGUGGAUGACUACAUUGCGAAAGAAAGGGGGAGUGAUGGUGCCACAAAUUCUAAUGUUAUAGUAGCUCAGCGAGUGGGAUCUGCUGGUGGACGAGCUCCAUCAGUGCAUGUUGAUGAAUUUAUGGCUAGAGAAAGGGAGCGCCAGAAACGUAUAGUAACAGUAGUUGGAGAGGCAGCAGCACAAGUGAAGAUUGCAGCUCCUUCAAGUGACACCCAGAAAGAAAAAGUUGACAAAUCUAAGCAGUUGAAGCCAGUUCUUGAUGAUGAUCUUCAUGGAAUUGAUAUUGUCUUUGAUGAUGAGGAAUCCGAACCUGAUGAUAAAUUACCAUUCCCUCAGUUGGAUGAUAAUCUACAGCAGCCUGCCUCUGUCAUUCUUGAGCAAAAUUCUCCACGCUCAAUUGUGGAAGAGACAGAGAGUGAUGUUAAUGAAAAUAGUCAAUUUUCUCAUAUGGGUACACCAUUAGCAUCUAAUGCAGAUGAAAACACCCAGAGUGAAUUUUCUUCCAGGAUGUCAGUCUCACGCCCUGAAGUGCCACUGACUCGGGAACCAAGUGUUUCUUCAGAUAAGAAAUAUUUUGAUCAACCUGAUGACUCAAAGAAUGUUUUUAACAUUAAGACCUCUAGUGGUUUUGAUUCUGGGGCAGCAGCAAAUAGUUCUGGGUUUCCUGCGUCUCUCUACAAUGGUGCAACACUAUCAUCCAUACCACUUGAUUCUAGGAUGACUUCACAAAAUUUCUAUCGAAAGAACAGUCCCCAGCAUGCUGGUAAUAUUCCAAUGGGUACUGGAUCUCGAGGACUUUAUGACCAGAAAGUUAUGUUGAAUCAACCACCUUUACCUCCAAUGCCACCUCCACAAACAGUCUCACCUGUAGUAUCUCAGGCUUCUGAUUCUAUCCCAAGUCAGUCUUCCCCAUUUGUAAACUCUAUGACAGAAUCACAGCUACCAGUGCCUACAGCAUUUCAAGUUCAACCAGAAUAUCUAUCAGCAUUUAGUGGCAGUAAUGCACCUUUAUCAUCUUCCCAUACUGGUGGAUCUGCUAGGCCUCCACUUCCUCCAACACCACCUCCGUUUUCUUCUAGCCCUUAUAAUUUACCAUCAUUAAAACCUUCUACUCCUCAGAUGUCCAUAUACAAUCAGACAAGUGUUGCAAUGACUGAGCUGCCCCAGGCCCAGAGCUCUGUUUCUCCUAUAAUUGAUGCACGGUUAAGCAGUGUUUCUGCAUCAGCUGCUGGACUAAAUUCUUAUGCACCACCUCCCCUCAUGCCACCCUUGGUCUUCAGUAGGCCAGCUUCAAUCCCUGCAACUCUUUAUGGAAGCUCUCCAGCUCAGCAGCACGUUGACAACCCACAAAAUAUCAUGCAGAAUCUCUCCAUUCCUCAGCCUUCCAUUCAGUCAAUGCAUACCCUAGCACAGUUACAGCCAUUGCAGCCCCCGCAGGUUCCACGUCCUCAGCAACCACCUCAGCAUCUUAGACCACCAAUGCAAGCAUCACAAUCAUUGGAUCAAGGCAUGUCUCUGCAGAACCCUGUACAGAUGCAAGGCCAUCCAUUACAGAUGCUGCAACAACCACAAGUUUCUCCAAUUCAUACUUAUUAUCAAUCCCAACAGCAAGAUUUAACAGCAGCACAACAACUGCAAGUUGAACGUGCCCAAUCACAAGUUUUACAUCAGCAAGGGGAUAUUGCAUUCCAGCUGCAACAAGAUUCAGGAAUGUCAUUACAUGAGUAUUUCAAGUCCCCAGAAGCUAUUCAGUCUUUGUUGAGUGAUCGGGAUAAACUUUGCCAGCUUUUGGAGCAGCAUCCGAAAUUAAUGCAAAUGCUUCAGGAAAGGUUGGGACAGCUAUAGCAGAGAUAUUGUCGAAGACCUUACUUCACGUCGGAGAACGCUUUAGACCUGUAACACCAGCGAGUUAAGGUUCCUUUCAAGUCCAUUAUUUUGUGUUGUGAAGGGCACCUCCUCGUUCGAUACUGCUGCCUUCCAUGAGACAAUCAUUUUUUGUCCAACAAACAAUCUUUGUAUUAUCCAUGUACUAUAUAUAUGUACAUUUCUUUCUCUAAUUAACUUUA